AGACACUAUGCCGCAUCCAAGUCCAGAGUGGAUAUCGGCCGUCUGCUCAUAGCACGAGGUGCAGACAUAAACGCCAAAGACAAGGCAAAUCAGAAUCCGCUUCAUCGUGCGGCUACUACGGGCUCGAUAGGAUUCAUCAGUAUUCUGCUCAACCCUCCAGAAGGCUCUCCAAAGACCCGGUUAAACACCGCCGAUCGUGUUGGUAAUACACCCCUGCAUCUUGCCAUGGAGUCCGCCCACGCAGAAGCUGCCUGCCUGUUGAUUGAGGCCGGUGCAGAUCGGACUCGCGAGAACCUCGAUGGUGAAAUGCCAGAAGAUCUUGAAGGCGUUGGAGGGCAGGAACAGCGGCGGGCAAAGGCCUACGUUGUCGAGCGCUGCGGAAAGCGAUCGUGA